GUAAUGAAAAUAUUUUUAUUUGUAUUUUAAUCAUAUAAGAAAUGUUUAUUGUUUAAAAUGUCACUUUUAUCAGAAAAUGACUGUUUUGUGAAGACAAUUAAGAAUUUUAAUAAAAGGCCUUAUUUGUUUAGAAAGGCUUCUCUUGAAGAUGAAGUAACUAAAAACGAUGGAAUGUUGCUAUCAUAUGUUCAAAAAAAAAAAAUUGAUCAACAAUCUAAGAAACAUUUACUAGAUGAUAGAGAUGUUCCUUUUGUCUAUCAUGAAAUGUUUGAUCUUCUUAAUAAAAGUAAUGGAAUGACUUAUAACACUUUACGCAAAACAGUUGAGUCUUCUGGACUUCCUCAUCAUGUAAUAGAACGUAUUAUAAAUAUAAUGUUUCUUAGGAUCAAUGAGGACACAUUGAUUUCUAGACAUCAUUUUUAUUUAGUUUUUGCUUUAGUUGGGAUUUCUCAAAAUGGUGAAUAUCCAAGUAUUGAAACAUUGGAAAAAUAUAAAAAUAAUCUUCCUAUUCCGAAGUUUCAAAAUAUAAAUAAUAGUCAGCUUGUAUUAUCAUAUGAUAAAAUACUAGAAAUUAAUAAUUUUUUAUCUGAAUUUAUUUUAAAUUCUAAGCAAAUUCUUAGUUCUAGCCCUAGUUUAGAAGGAACAAAUAAUAUUCAAGAACAUAUGUCAGUAUACAUUAAUAAUGUUAGUGGACCGAAUGCUUAUCCAUUGGUUACAUCUAAUUUCUGGAAUUUUAAUUUUAUUAUUGAUAACGUUUUUAAAGAUAACAGAGAACGUUCUUUUUUAUAUAAUAUUUUUAAUAUUUUAAAUCCCAAACAGGUUCUUUUUUCGGUUGAUCGCAUAAAUAUUCAAUUAGUCUCUAAAAAAGAGGGUUUUCUUUUAUUUAAACACAUUAAUUAUAUUCUUUUUAGUGUAAUUCGUAAUUCUCGUGUUAUUCGUCGCUAUAGUGAUUUUUUAUGGCUUCAAGAAUGUUUAAUAAAAAAAUAUCCUUUUCGUCAAGUGCCUUUAAUGCCACCAAAAUGUUUUUCUGUAAAUGGUCACUAUUUAUCGGUAGAUUCUGCUUUUUUAGAAAGAAGACGUAGAGGGCUUUCUAGAUUUAUAAAUGCAGUAGUUCGUCAUCCUGUAUUUAGGGAUGAUCCAUUAGUAAUAGCUUUUCUUACUGUUCCUAGCGAGCUUUCUUUAUGGAAAAAACAAUUUGUUUUAACCAUUCGUGAUGAAUUUGAAGAUAAGGUUAUGGAUGAUGAUUUAGGAUUGAAUUUUCCUUCAAGUUUUGAUGAAAUUAUUGUGAAUAUUAGAAAAACAAUAAAUUUUCAGAUUGAUAAUUAUAUCCAAUUAUGUUUGAUUGUGGAACGUUUGUUGAAAUAUCAAGAAGGUAGUUUUAUAAUAUUGUUUUCGUUAAUAUUGAUAAAUAUAGAAUCUGCAACAGAAAUGAUGUUAUUUUCAUUAUUAAUUAAUGAUUUUAUUUCACACAUUAAUCAAGGAAUCUCAGUUGUGUCUAAACAUUUUUUAACAGCACAAGAACUUCUAGAAGAAGAAGCUAAAGUUCUAAAUGAGGAAAUAUUAGAAGAUUUGAAGUGUCAAAGAGAUGGUCUUAUAGCAAUUAAAAAUAUGUUUGAUAGGAAAGACAGAUUAGAUAUUGAUAAUAUUUCUUUCCUUGAAAAACGAGUAGAUAACAAUUUAGAUAAACUUUCUAGUUUGAACGUAAAAGUAGGCAUGAAUUUGUUAGACAAGGAAAAAAUUGAAAAAUUUAUUAUGAAAGAUAAAGAAUUGAUAGCUACUCAAAAAUCUCGCCGUUUUCUCGUUAAUAAAUGUAUUUUAACUGAAAUAAUUUACUUCCAGAUUAGUCAAAUUUAUAUAGGGAAAUUAUAUAAAGAUUAUGCGCAGGAGCGUAUAAAAUAUACUGAGUUACUUGCAGAAAAUUGGCGGAGUAUGGAAAUUCAAAUAGCAUCUAUGCCUUCUGCAUUUAUUUGAAAUUUGUUUUGAAAGUUAGAACUAGUAUUUACUUAAUUUAUAUUGAAUUCUAUUGAUUAUAUUUGGACUAU